UGUGUUAAAACAGUCAGUCAUUUGGUUGCUGUUGAUCUGAUGAGCUUCAACACGAUAUAUUUGAUGCUGAUGUUGGUCAGAAUGGCUCCUGCUCUUCCUCUGAUCUUUCUGCUCAUGAUUCACAGGGUUUCUAGUGCUGGUUGGGGUGUGAGUUACAGUCCUUCACACAUCUGUGCACUAAAGGACUCAUCAGUGAUAAUGAACUGCACUUAUACAUACCCUACUGGAUAUCAGAUCAAGAAAGUGUUCUGGACAAAAGUCUAUAAAACAGGUGUUGAGUCUCCUCUCUCUGAGGACCCUGAAUACAGUCAGAGGCUUCAGUAUCUGGGAGAUAAACAGCAGAACUGCACCAUCAGACUGAGUCAUGUGACACUGAAGGAUUCACACGAGUACUAUUUCAGAAUCAUCACUGAUAAAGACAGAUGGAUUGGUGUUCCAGGAGUAAAUCUUACUGUCACAGAUCUUCAGGUGGAGUCUCCUGAGAGAGUGACAGAGGGAGAUUCAGUCCGUCUGACAUGUAAAAGCAGCUGCACUCUGACUGACAGAGCAACAUUCAUCUGGUACAGAAACUCACAGCCAUUAACUGAGAGAAGAGACAGAAACAAUGAACUCCUGCUGCAGUCAGUCAGAAGAGAGGAUGCAGGCAGAUAUAGCUGUGCUGUACACGGACACAAUCACAUCUCUCCUGCUGUUCAGCUCAAUGUCAUGUACCCUCCAAAGAGUGUCUCAGUGUCCAUCAGUCCAUCUGGUGAAAUAGUGUCAGGAGAUUCAGUGACUCUGAUCUGCAGCAGUGAUUCAAACCCUCCUGCUCUGAACUUCAGCUGGUUUAAAGGAGGAACGUUUGUAGGAUCUGGAAGAAUCUACAGCAUCUCAAAGAUCAGCUCUGAUGACAGUGGAGAAUACAAGUGCAGAUCCAUCAAUGAACAUGGAGAGAAAUACUCUGAUGCUGUGACUUUAAAUGUCAAGUACCCACCCAGGAGUGUCUCAGUGUCCAUCAGUCCAUCUGGUGAAAUAGUGUCAGGAGAUUCAGUGACUCUGAUCUGCAGCAGUGAUUCAAACCCUCCUGCAGAAAUCAGCUGGUUUAAAGGAGGAACGUUUGUAGGAUCUGGAAGAAUCUUCAACAUCUCAAAGAUCAGCUCUGAUGACAGUGGAGAAUACAAGUGCAGAUCCAUCAAUGAACAUGGAGAGAAAUACUCUGAUAAUGUGACUUUAAACGUCAUGUACUCUCCCAGGAACGUCUCAGUGUUGAUAACUGGAUCUGGUGAAAUAGUGUCAGGAGAUUCAGUGACUCUGAUCUGCAGCAGUGAUUCAAACCCUCCUGCUCUGAACUUCAGCUGGUUUAAGGAGAAUGAAAGCUCAGCUGUUGGAUCUGGACAGAGUUUCAGUGCACUACAGAGUGGACGCUUCUACUGUCAGGCUCACAAUCAACAUGGAUCUCAGAGAUCAGACGCUGUAACUGUCACAGUUCAUCAUGGUGCUGGUAGGAAUGUGAUUGUGAUUGCAGCGACAUCUGGAGGAUUAUUCUUCAUCAUCAUCAUCAUCAUCUUUUUUAUAAUGUGAGCUCAAUAACAAAAA